GGUUUCGUAUCAAUUCCUUAAGACCGAGAGGCCAUUGUUUCAUUCGUUGUCGAGAGAAAGACGAAAGCAAAAUCAAGAAGAAGAAGAUCAUCAUCGAUAAGGGGCCAUGAGUGGUGCAGGGAAGAAGAUAGCCGAUGUGGCUGCGAAGGCAUCCAAAGGCAUUGAUUGGGAUGGCAUGGCGAAGCUCCUGGUCUCGGAUGAGGCUCGCAAGGAGUUCGCUAAUCUCCGCCGUACUUUCGAGGAAGUCAACUCCACUCUCCAGACCAAGUUCAGUCAGGAACCAGAACCCGUAAACUGGGAAUACUACAGAAAAGGAAUUGGCUCUCGCUUGGUGGAUAUGUAUAAACAAGCCUAUGACAGCAUAGAGAUCCCCAAGUAUGUUGACACUGUGACACCUCAAUACAAACCCAAGUUUGAGCAGCUGUUGGUGGAGCUGAAAGAAGCAGAAGAGAAAUCCUUGAAAGAGUCUGAGAGACUGGAAAAGGAAAUUGCGGAAGUACAAGAGCUGAAAAAAAAGCUAAGCACUAUGACUGCAAACGAGUAUUUUGAGAAGCAUCCAGAGCUGAAGAAGAAGUUCGAUGAUGAGAUCAGGAAUGAUUAUUGGGGUUAUUGAUAUUGCCCCUGCUGAUAUUACCAUGCAGAUUCUGCCUAGUUUUCGACACCAAAUGUCCAUUUUCAUUUUCGUUUCUUCCUUUGUGGUUUUUUUUUCCUCUGGAAGUGCCUUUAAUUCUUUUGGGUGAGUGACCUUAGAGCAGUUUCAGACUAUUUUAUGGGUCAAUAAUAUUCACUUAUCAAGUGAGCAUACAUUGGCAUACCAGAAAGAUGGUGAAUUUUCGUA